AUGGAGCUGAGUGAUGCCAAUUUACAAACCUUGACGGAGUAUCUGAAGAAAACACUAGAUCCAGAUCCUGCCAUAAGGCGUCCUGCGGAGAAGUUCCUUGAGUCAGUGGAGGGAAGCCAGAACUAUCCCUUGUUGCUGCUGACGCUGCUGGAGAAGUCACAGGAGAAUGUCAUCAAAGUCUGUGCAUCUGUAACGUUCAAGAACUACAUCAAAAGGAACUGGAGAAUUGUUGAGGACGAACCAAACAAAAUAUGUGAAUCAGACAGGAUAGCCAUCAAAGCCAACAUAGUGCCCUUGAUGCUUAGCAGCCCAGAACAAAUUCAAAAGCAGCUCAGCGAUGCCAUCAGCAUCAUUGGCCGGGAGGACUUCCCCCAGAAGUGGCCUGACCUGCUGACAGAGAUGGUGAAUCGCUUCCAGAGCGGAGACUUCCACGUCAUCAACGGCGUCCUGCGCACGGCGCACUCGCUGUUCAAAAGGUACCGCCAUGAAUUUAAAUCAAAUGAGUUAUGGACAGAGAUCAAACUUGUUCUGGAUUCCUUUGCUUCACCCUUGACAAAUCUCUUUAAGGCAACUAUUGAGCUCUGCAGCACACAUGCAAAUGAUGCCAGUGCCCUGAAGGUUCUCUUCUCUUCUCUCAUUCUAAUUGCAAAGCUGUUCUACAGUUUAAAUUUUCAGGAUCUUCCUGAGUUUUUUGAAGAUAACAUGGAAACAUGGAUGACAAAUUUUCAUAGUCUUUUAACUUUAGAUAACAAACUCUUGCAGACUGAUGAUGAAGAGGAAGCUGGAUUACUGGAGCUCCUGAAGUCCCAAAUCUGUGAUAAUGCUGCUUUAUAUGCUCAAAAAUACGAUGAGGAAUUCCAGCCCUACCUGCCGCGAUUCGUGACGGCGAUCUGGAAUCUGCUUGUCACGACAGGCCAGGAAGUGAAGUAUGACUUGCUGGUCAGUAAUGCAAUCCAGUUCCUGGCCUCGGUGUGUGAGAGGCCACACUACAAGCAUCUGUUUGAAGACCAGAAUACACUGACAAGCAUCUGUGAAAAAGUGAUUGUUCCCAAUAUGGAAUUCAGAGCGGCUGAUGAAGAAGCAUUUGAAGAUAAUUCUGAAGAAUAUAUAAGAAGGGAUCUAGAAGGAUCUGAUAUCGACACCAGGCGCAGAGCAGCUUGUGAUCUGGUCAGAGGCUUGUGUAAAUUUUUCGAAGGACCUGUGACAGGGAUUUUUUCUGGGUAUGUUAAUUCUAUGCUGCAAGAAUAUGCGAAGAAUCCAUCUGUUAACUGGAAGCACAAAGAUGCAGCUAUUUACCUGGUCACGUCUUUGGCAUCCAAAGCUCAAACACAGAAGCAUGGAAUAACUCAAGCCAAUGAACUGGUGAAUCUGACAGAAUUCUUUGUAAACCACAUUCAGCCUGACCUGAAGUCUGCUAGUGUGAAUGAAUUCCCUGUGCUAAAAGCAGAUGGUAUCAAAUAUAUCAUGAUUUUUAGAAACCAAGUACCAAAGGAGCAACUGUUGGUGUCUAUUCCUCUCUUAAUCAAUCAUCUUCAAGCAGAAAGUAUUGUGGUCCAUACUUAUGCAGCCCAUGCUCUCGAGAGGCUGUUCACCAUGAGGGGCACAAACAACACCACCCUCAUCACGGCUGCGGAAAUGGCCCCGUUUGUGGAAGUGCUGUUGACAAACCUUUUCAAAGCGCUGACACUGCCUGGCUCCUCUGAGAACGAGUACAUCAUGAAAGCCAUCAUGAGGAGUUUUUCUCUGCUACAGGAAUCCAUAAUUCCAUACAUCCCUUCUGUCAUCACACAGCUUACACAGAAGCUGCUGGCUGUCAGUAAGAAUCCCAGCAAACCUCACUUUAACCAUUACAUGUUUGAAUCAAUCUGCUUGUCGAUAAGGAUAACGUGCAAGGCCAACCCAGAGGCAGUGGGGAGCUUUGAGGAGGCUUUGUUCCUGGUGUUCACUGAGAUCCUGCAGAACGACGUGCAGG